AUGAUUCGUCAUAGUGUAUUUGAUACAAUGCAACGUUGGUGUUUGUUGUUCAUUGCGGUAGUACUUCCAAUAGUAUCUGCUGAAACUAGAAAAGCAUUUCAAGCUGAUUCAUUCGUAGAAAGUAUUGGUGUCAACACUCAUUGGGCAUUUCCAGGUAUUUACUCAGAUAACUAUGCAACAUUGAAAGCUAAAUUGGGUGAAUCUGGUAUUCGUUAUGUUCGAGAUGGAACAUUUUCUCCACUUCUUUACACUCGAGCGAAUGACCUUUAUAAUAGUUUUGGAAUCAAAACAAACAUGGUAACUGGACGAUGGGUGCCCGGCUCAUGGCCAGCCCCCCUCGAUCCAACACAAAUCGAUGCCGAACUAAACGAGCUCAAAACUCGAGCAUUACAGACCGUAGUGGCAAUAGAAGCUCCAAAUGAAUAUGAUCAUUCUCAUGGUCCUGACACUGACUGGGUGUCAACCAUCAGAAAUUACAGCAUUACUCUAUACAACAAGGUCAAAGCUGAUCCGUUACUGAAGAAUAUCCCUGUCAUCGGACCAUCCUUUGGACCGUACGAGUCAUACCAUGCGGUUGGUAAUUUAGAUCCAUAUAUCGACUAUGUAAAUCAGCACAUGUAUUACUGGACUUACUGGCCAGGCUUCAGUGGAUUCGAUAGCAACGGUUCCUAUAGCAUUGACUGGUAUCUCAACCUGUUGACUCCUGAACAAUCACCAUCUCGUAAACCUAUUCAGGCCACUGAAACUGGCCAUACUACGUUUACUGAUCUUGGCGGUGUAUCAGAAGAAACUGAUGCAAAAUAUACACUUCGUAUACUUGCUGAGUUCUUCCGUCGAGGUAUUUAUCGCAGUUACAAAUAUGAAUUUAUUGAUCAAUCACUUCCCGAUAGAGAAGGUUUCUUUGGCUUGCUACGCAACAAUCUCACUGAAAAACCAUCAUUCCGAGCACUGAAAAAUUUGAUAUCACUACUGAGUGAUAAGGGAUCAGCCUUCACGCCAGCAUCAUUGAACUACACACUCACCGGUAACUUAACCAAUGUUCGUCAACUGCUCUUUCAAAAGCGCAAUGGUGACUUUUAUUUGAUGGUGUGGAACGAGGUGUCAAGUUGGGAUGUGGCACGUAAAUUCAAUUUAUACCCAUCGCCGCAACAAGUUCAGCUCAGUGUUCAAGGUAACUACACUCUCACCGAGGCUACACUUUAUGCAUUUAACAACAAUGCUGAUGUCGAUUGUUUUACGGUUAAAAUCNACGAGGUGUCAAGUUGGGAUGUGGCACGUAAAUUCAAUUUAUACCCAUCGCCGCAACAAGUUCAGCUCAGUGUUCAAGGUAACUACACUCUCACCGAGGCUACACUUUAUGCAUUUAACAACAAUGCUGAUGUCGAUGUCAGCACUCUUCGUGUCAUCAACAAUCAAGUGACCUUUAGUUCUACUGACAAGAUUAGUGUUUUACGGUUAAAAUCUGGCACAAGUUCAACUACCUCUGCUGUCUCUACUACAUCCACCAUAUCGACUGUCUCAACGAACGCUGCAUUCGAAGGUGUUUAUCGAAUUACACCCAAAUUUGCUCAGCAAGCUGCACUCUAUGCAGCAAAUGAACAGAACUAUGCGUUCAUCAGUCAAAUAUACUAUUCGGGUGCAACUAAUCAACAAUGGAUCCUAGAGCAACUUGAGGGUGGUUUCUAUCGUAUNAAUCGUGUAGGUGGUCGUGUACUCAGUGUAUUUGAUUGCAAUGCAUACGAUGGUGGUGCAGUUCAACUGUACGAUUGGUUAGAUACUGAUUGUCAAAAAUGGAAAGUAGAAGCGCUGUCGAAUGGAUAUUAUCGUUUGACGCCAAAACAUGCUCUGAAUCAAUGUCUGGAUAUACCAAUGUGCUCUACCGUUGGUGGAAUUCUAAUUCAUCAAUGGUCGUGGUCGAACAGUGAUUGUCAACAAUGGCAACUACAGCGUUUGGAAUCAACCAUUUGA